AUGUUACUUACGGCUCUUGGUAUUAUUCUCCAUUUAACUGUAAAUGGGGGUCCCACGUUUAGGAAUUCAACAGUGAUCAUUUCUACCGUGAAAUCCACAGUUAUUCCUUGUACCUUAACUACCGCAUUAUUGAAGGACGUGGAUGCGUUUCGGCUAUCAGUGAAUGUUUUAUUGACGUGCACAAUGACCUUUGGACACUUAAUGGUGAAUGAGACUAAAACCAUCUUUCGUCAUCUGUUUUUUCGAGUAUUGGAGUCGAAAACAAGCUCUUUGACACAAAAGUCUAUUGUUGUGGAAGCAUUUCGUCGUUAUAUUGAAGAACCACAAAAUCUUAUAGCAUUGUUCUUAAACUACGACUGUAAUACUUCUUCUCAAAGUGUUUACGAGCAGAUGAUUGCGUAUUUGGCUGCCUUAUCAUUGCCUUUUCGUAUGAAGACGAAGGACGUGAUCGACCGUAAUGAGGCCAUCUCUGGAAGGAUACUGUUGGAUUUUUCUGUUCCAGAGUCGCUUCAACGAAGUGCUUUAACCACUCUUUUACUGGUUGUAUAUUCCAAUCUUCAAUGGAUAGAACGAUUUGAAUGUGACCGAAACACAUCUUUAGCAGAUGCGUCAUCUACCAAUGAUCAAUCAGGGAUAUCAGAGUUUACUAAAUCUUUGGAUAAACGAGUGGAAAAUCAAGGAGAAAUGGCUUUUUCUUCUUCUGUUGAAAAGGGAGAUGAUUCAUUUAUUUAUGCCCUUCGAGUAAAGGAUGCAUUUCGUAAGUUUACGUACCUUAUGAAUGACGUAAAAGACUCAAAGGCCGCUAUUGAUUUUUUAGCCAAUGAGCCUCUGUUGAUUCCAAUUGUAAAUGAGAAGGAAGAGUCAAAACGUGAUGCAUCUAUGGAAGGCAAUGAAGAUACUGCUCCAAGUGGAGUAUUGAAAGACACAGAAACACAAUCGGAUGCUUUUAUUAAAACUUGUGGGAAUUCGGAGGAAAAGUAUGUGCCUAAAGCCGAAUCGAUUGCUCUCUUUUUAAAGGAUAAGGAAGAUUAUAUUGACAAAUUGGUCCUUGGAGAAUACUUUGCAAAAAGCUUUCGAGACUCUCACAGUCGCAUGAUUUUUGUGAAGUGGAUUGAACAACAUUCUUUUGCUGGUCUGACGCUUGAUGCUGCACUUCGAUUGUUUUUAGGAGGAUUUAAACUUCUUGGCGAGGCUGAGGUUGUCGACAAAACAAUGGAGAUUUUUGCCGCACAGUAUUGCAAGGAAAAUCCUACAGCAUUUCAUUCUGCGAAUACGGCCUUUAUUUUGUCAUUCUCGAUUUGCAUGUUGAAUACUGACGCCCAUAGCCCGCAUGUGAAAAACAAGAUGACCGUUGAAGAAUUUAUCCGCAAUAAUAGGGGUAUUGACGAGGGAAAUGAUGUGGAUUCAACUCUAUUAAAGGAAAUUUAUGCACGCAUUGUAGCUGAUGAAAUUAAGCUUCGCCCCUCAAAGUUUGUUCCAUGUAAAACCUUUUCUGGGAGUAUUUCCGGAAAUAAUUCUUCAUCAAGUACCAAAAUUUCCUCAGGUUUAUUGGAGUCCAUCCCUAUCCUGAAACACUUUGCACCUGUUGCAAGGAGAAUAACUGAUACUGUUAUGAUACCUUUGGAUGCUGCAGGAAAUGUGCUUUUUAAUACCCUGCGACGAAAGCAAGAGGAAAUUUAUCAAACUGAACUUCGUAAUGCUUUAAAAGAUGCUAUAGAAGCAUUGGAUACUGCCAAUGCUUUGAAGUCUAGUUUUGUGAAAGCCACAAGAAUCGAGAAUGCCAUUCCAAUGUGGGGGAUAACUGUAGAUUAUGUAAUGCGAUGUCUUUUAUGCGCUUUUGAAGACUUUUUCUUUAUUGCAGAGAGCGCCGUCGUGCCUGCCAAUGCACAAGGCUUCCAUGAUCUGACGCAAAGAUAUGUAGAUGCACCCGAAAAUCGCGAAUAUUUUGAUCAUCUUCUUCGAGGUGUGGUUAAUACUAUUCGUGUAUGCUGUGAUUUUGGAAAUAUUUCUCAUGCGGAAGAUCUUAUUGAGCGUCUUUUUUCUCUUACCCAACUUUCAAAAGUUGUGGUUCUCUCUCAGUGCUCAAUAGCUUGUGUGAGCAUUUCAAAUGGGAUUUCAAAACCAAGGAUGGAAUUAUUGGCGAUAGUAUUGAAUUUGUUUCUUGUAAAUGGUGCUUCAUUAACUACAAGGGGUUGGUGCGUGGCUUAUACUGGGGUUUCUAUCUUAGACCUGAUCUCCAAUGGCUUGGAGGGGAUUUGGAGAAGGCAGUGCCGGAAGCCUCUUUUAGGUGAAGGUGACAAGCCUCCUCCAGAUACUUGGUUCGAAAAUUUAGAAGAUGUUCCUCCUUCGUUUGAUAAAGGUUCAAUACAAAAACGCAUUGCCAUUUUGGGAGCGUUAAGAUGCUUUUCUUCUGUUGAUGUGUGGCUAGAACGUUUAUUUGAUGCCACAGUGUAUCCAUCCCAAACACAAGUUUUUAUGUCAAAUGCACUGGUUACUGUAUGUGAGAAGGAACUAAAAUCAUCACGAACAUUUGCUCUCACUAAAUUGUUGGAUUUUUUGACAGUUUGUGCUUCAUUUAGUUCGCGAAUGCAGUGGAGAGAUUUAUGGACCAAUGCCACCAAUGUUUUUACUGUGGCUGGCACAAUGACGUUUGAUAUUGCAAGUUCGUCUCUAGGAGGAUUACGGAUUAUUGCACUUAGGUACCUUAUGCGUGAAGAGCUUUUGAAUUAUUCGUUUCAAAAAGAGGUUCUUAUGCCCUUUGAAGCCAUUUUAAUGGGUAAUCAAGAUGUCAAUAUUCGCCAAAAAGUGAUUGAAGCGAUAUCAGAAAUUGUAGAAGUUCGUGCCAGUCGUUUGGCCAGUGGAUGGAAUGUUGUGUUUUCCAUUUUAAGCCAUUGUGCAGUGAUACCAGACGUGGUUAAAUCAGCUUGGGAUCUUUGUGAAUCUGUUAUUACUUUACAUGUUGCCCUUAUGAAAGAUUGUUUCAGGGAUUUAGUGUUCUGUUUGACAUCGUUUGCGUGUAAUAAUGUGGACGAAGAGGUUGCCUUAUUAAGUAUUUCGUACCUGAGGGCAUGUGGUCAUUGGCUUCAGUUUGGGUUAGAACCUCCCCCUGAAGAUGUACGGGAUGCUAGUGCUGUAUCUGAAUGGGCAGGACGAUUUAAAGAUGCUGAUAGUGAGGCAAAUGCAGCACAGUUUAUGGUGGGGUUACCACGGGUUACACUCUCGAUGGUUUCUAUCACUUCAUAUCAAUGUUUGGAAAAGCCAAAAAGCCUUACAGUGAAAACAAAUUAUCAUUUAUGGAUGUCAUUAUUAGAAGGAAUGAUUCCAAUUAUAUUGGUUCAUCCUUCUGUGAGAGUUAGAGCGCAUGUUAUAUGUUCACUGUGGGCUUUGAUUGACCAAUAUGCUGUAGCAUUUGCCACAAAUAUACAAGAAUCUCUUUUUACUGGCAUUCUAAGACCUGUUUUGUCUAACCUUCUUAUGCAUGCCCCAGUUGAUCAGGAAACUGUUAUCGAUCCUGUGGAUUAUAAACUAUUGGCAUUACUGAGUCUCAAAAGCAUGUUUUUAGCUUGCCGUCGUCAUUCGCAUCUUUUAGAAUUGGCCUGUGAAACAUUUGUGACUAUUUGCACGACAACUUUUUCAUUGGAGCAUGUGCAAGCAGGUCUUGUAGAUGUGAUAUUGCGUAUAUGCGUGGAUCUCGGCCCACGUGGAUUUGCGACCCGCCUUAAUUUGCCAGACACAACAUCUGAACUCUGGGUAAGCAGGCUUAUACAUGAACUCCUUCAGGUUGGAUACAUUGAUGUUAUUCACUUCAGAAGAACAUCAGGUUGGAAGGAAUUACAUCAUUCCAUAGCUACUACAACAUUUGGUAUAAAUUUUGACCCCAAUACAGAAGCAGGGACUCGCACUAGUGUUAUCGAUACGGUUCUCACUGCCCUACUAGACGGUGUCGUUGUUCAACUUUCCGCCACAAUGAAUCGUUGCAGUUCACAACAAGAAUAUUUGCUCUGUUUCAGGGCGAUGCGACGAUCCUACCUAGUGAUAGCCUUAUUUUCUUCGGUUGAUUCCACUGGGAAAGUGUUCUCCCAACUACUUACUGGACUAUCUUCUUCCUCCUCCUCGACAAUUCCUGAGCAACAGCUGCUUAUUCCUUACAUAUGCGUGCUUAUCGAGUUUGUGUUUGUCUUGCGUUCAACGCCGCCAACACCGGAAGAAACUCAGGCAUUGCAAGAGGCCAUUAAAAUAAUCUGUCAAAGGAUUCGAGAAUCACGUGAGUUUUGUAUUCAGAGCCAGUCUGAGCACAUCAGUGCACUGGAGCAUGAUAAUGCAAAGGGAGGGAGGCCGGUUGCUUUAAAAAACCACAGAGGGAGGUCAUUUAUCGACAUAUUUCGUUCUGGCAGAGCCUCUUUGUCUUGCCGGGCACAGCACGUUUCCAAAACCAUUCCGGAGCGAGUUCUCAACGAAUGGAGGUACCUGACACACACUCUCGGGUUAAGAUAUGUUUUCACUUUUGAUGGAGUCACAGCAAAUUGCACUACCCUUGAAUACCUGCAUGACCUUAUACUAUUACUCCCCAGUGAGUUGGAAGAAAAAUUGGUUGAACCUUUCUUUUGCAGUUGUUGGGAGGAACUUGAUGUGGGGAUGUCUCUCAUGGGGGUUUCUACUAUAUCGCAGACUCUUCUUGUCCUUGAGCGAAAGCGGGGUUUACUACAUGCAUAA